CGAAACCUUCAAAAGACAGCAUUACAAUUUUAUUCACACAAUAGUAGAAUAUUAAAAUCAUCAUCAGCAUUCUCUAAAAGUGUUGGAUUUCACACUACACGUAUAAAAUACAAUUCGGAAGAUAAUGAUGAGUCCAUCGGAAAGUAUACUUUCGCAGUCAAUGAACAAGUUGCUCAAUUUCUUGCCAAAGCACAAGAAAAACAUCAAGUAUUAUCGCAAUCUGUCUAUUCAGGUCAAGCAACAAAACAAUCACAAUUUGUUGAAUUAAAAUGGUUGAACAAUGUUGUUGAAUUAAAAGACAAGUAUGAAAAUUUAAAAACUCAACUUACACAACUCAAAGAAAUGAUGAAUACGGAAAAGGAUCCAGAAUUAAAGCAAUUAGCUAAGGAAGAAUAUUCUGAAACUGAAAUUGAAUAUUCGAAAACUCAAGAAAGAUUAAUUAGUGUUCUUUUGAAUGCUCCAGUAUCUGAUACAGAAGACCAUCAAAUUUCACCAAAUUCAAAUGCUAUUAUUGAAAUUAGACCUGGAACAGGAGGUGAUGAAGCUUCUCUUUUUGCUAUGGAAUUAUUUAAAAUGUAUGAAUUUUAUGCAACUAAAAGAGGUUGGAAAUUUGAAGUUUUGAGUUUGAGUGCAAAUAAUGGAGGUGAAGGAUGUAAGGAAGGAAUUGCACUCAUUUCUGGAUCAUCGUAUGGAGACGAUGAAGGAUUGGGAGUUUAUGGAUGUAUGAAAUUUGAAAGUGGAGUUCACCGAGUUCAAAGAGUACCUGCAACAGAAUCACAAGGUAGAGUCCACACUUCAUCAGCAUCUAUUGUGGUUUUACCAGAAGUUACAGAAGCAGAUGUCAAGAUUAAUCUUGCAGAUGUCAGAAUUGAUACUAUGAGAGCAUCAGGUGCUGGUGGUCAGCAUGUUAACACAACUGACUCUGCUGUCAGAUUAACCCACAUUCCAACUGGUACUGUUGUUUGUAUUGCUGAUGAAAGGUCACAACAUAGAAAUAAGGAAAAAGCUUUCAAGAUUUUGCAUUCGAGACUCUAUCAAAAGCAACAAGACGAGAAAAUUCAGAAAAUGUCAUCUGAAAGAAAAGAACAGAUUGGUUCAGGUGAUAGAUCAGACAAGAUUAGAACUUAUAACUUCCCUCAAGAUAGAAUUACUGACCACAGAAUUUCAUUUUCACAAUUUGGUUUGGAUAAGAUGAUGGAUGGUGAAAUACUGGACUCGUUCUUUGAAAUUUUGGCAAAACAAGAGAAAAUUCAACAAUUUGAACGUUUGUUCGAAAAGAAGGAAACUGUUGCUCCUCAAACUAAGAAGAAGAAAUAAAUUAAUUUAUCGUUGGUUCGUUUGUAAU